CAGUGAAAAGAAUUGAAGAAAGGCGAAAGCAGAUCUAAUCAGAGAUGGAGGAGCAAAAGAGGAGAGGAAUUCGGUUGGUGCUAUUCCCAUGCCCAUUCCAGGGUCACAUAAAUCCCAUGCUUCAGUUAGCUUCCAUUCUCCACUCAAAGGGCUUUUCCAUCACCAUCAUCCACACUCAAUUCAACUCUCCCAACUCCUCUAAUUUCCCUAAUUUUACCUUCAUUCCCAUACAAGACGGCAUGUCAGAUGUCCAACCCACAGUGGCCCUUUUCUCACAACUCAACGUCAACUGUGCAGUUCCACUUCGUGAUUGCUUGCUUCGGUUGUUAUCAUCUGGAGAUGCCGAAGGAGGAGAGCGCAUUUCUUGUCUCAUCUCCGAUGCCAUCAUGCACUUUACCCAAGGUGUCGCCGACAGUCUUAAGCUUCCCAGGCUUGCGUUACGGACCAGCAGCGUCGAAUCCUUUCUCUCCUUCGCCGCCGCUGUCUCAGUUUCAAGACAGAAAAGUUCCCUCCCCAUAUCAGAUUCUCAAUUGGAGAUGCCAGUAACUGAGAUUCCACCUCUAAUAGCGAAGGCUCUGCCUACGAUCAACACGAAUGACAUAGAGAUCCUGUUCCAAUUGCUGGGCAGCACGGUUGAUCAAGUCAAGGCCUCAUCUGGCCUCAUUUCGAACACCUGCGAUCACCUUGAGCAGUCGGCACUAGCAACACUUGCUCAAGAAUUUUCAAUCCCAGUGUUCACAAUAGGCCCUUUCCAUAAACUCUUCACAGCUUCUUCCAGUAGCUUAUUGUCCCAAGACCACAGCUGCAUCACUUGGCUAGAUACACAACCACCUAACUCUGUAAUCUAUGUAAGCUUCGGCAGCAUAGUCGGCAUGGAUGAGGCUGAAUUCGUGGAGAUGGCUUCGGGGUUAGCCAACAGCAAGUGUCCCUUCUUGUGGGUGGUUCGAUCCGGCUUGGUCCGUGGUUCAGAAAGAGUUGAACCAUUGUGACCUGAUGGGUUCUUAGAGAUGGUUAAAGGAAAGGGUUGUUUUGUCAAUUGGGCACCUCAACAGGAUGUGUUGGCUCACCCUGCUGUGGGAGGGUUCUGGACCCACAACGGUUGGAACUCAACGCUGGAGAGUAUAUGUGAAGGGGUACCAAUGCUAUGUUCGCCUAAUUUUGGAGACCAGAUGACUAACGCGAGGAUCGUGAGCCAUGUUUGGAAGGUGGGAUUGCAGCUUGAGAAUAAGUUGGAGAGAGGGGAGAUUGAGAGAAACAUAAGAAGACUAAUGGUUGAGAAAGAAGGAGAGGAGAUGAGAGAGAGGGUUGCUUCUUUGAAGGAGAAGGCAGAAGCCUGUGUCAAGAAAGGAGGUUCUUCCUAUGAGUCUCUAGAGGAUUUGAUAGCUCGGAUCUUGUCAUUUUGAAGACUUUUGUGGUUCACCUUCUCCAUGGUGAUUCAUU